UGGAAAUGGAAAAUGGACAGUUUGAGAUACAGCACCACGCUCAUCAAUGACACGAGCAGGUUGGAGAGGCUACACAGUUAAAAGAGUCAAUUUACGGGGAUGUAAUGCUUGAUGGUGGUUUGAAAACAGCGAGGAGAGGUGAGAGGAGAAGCCGAAACGAGGUUGGCCACCCGGGAGGAAGACGAGCGGCGUGACGGUGUGGACGCCGGAGUGGGCAUCAUGAAGCAGCAUCGCCCCCAAAACUCAUACGAAAACACCCUGCGAAAAUCUACCACUAUCACUCUCCUCAGCGCGGGACAGGAGAAGAGACGGAUAUCGGAGCUACAGGUUAUGGCAGGAUUUUGAAAGUCUAUGGAGCAUUCAGGAGUAGAGUAAGAUAGAUCUUUGACUGUACCAUCUUGAGAUAUAUUUUUUUGACUGGCAAAGCUGGUGAGACAGGUCCAGAAAUAUGUCUACCUCAAAAAGCAUCUAGGGUCAUCUUGAAGUUCGACGAAGAAGACAAAAGAUAAGUGAAAAUUUCAAUACUUCAAUAACUUGAUUAUUUUUGCAGUAUUUCAUUACCAAUUUGAGAAAUGGACUCCUGAAUUGGAACACAAAUCGCAGACAAUUUCGAAGUGUGGCGUCCAUGGAGGAGACCGAAGGAGAGUGAAGUUCCGAAACUUUUUUUGGACUGUCCCAAUCUAAGGCAGUGAUGUCCUUACCAAAGUAUCACCCCAAAUUGAAGUUUCCUUGUUAAUGGUCCAAUCCCUGCCCAAUCGAGGCGUAUUGGAAGUACAAGCUCUAAAUGCAGGCUCGCAAGAAGUAUGUUUUGCUGGGUUUGUGCGCGUGCUGUUGGCUGCUCCUCUUCUACUGGGGUGGAGGGGUACAGCUAAGGGUGCUACGGCUCUUAACACGGCAUAGAGCGGAAGUGGUGAGAUUUUGGCCCAACUGGACCGACCGAGCCUUCCUGCCCAGAUAUGCCCACCUGGAAGAACUACAAACCGAUCCGGGAACAUCGGAAUCGCCAAGGCAACGGCGUCAAGCGUGGUCGGCCAUUUACAAAGACAGCCGAUGCCGCAUGGAGACUUGCUUUGACUUUUCCAGGUGUAGGCGAAGAGGGCGUGAAGGGUUCAGAGUGUAUAUUUAUCCGUCGGAGAAGAAUGAUCGCGUUUCCGAAAGCUACAAGAAAAUUUUGACGUCAAUCGCGGAGUCCAGAUAUUACACGACCGAUCCGCGUGAGGCUUGCCUGUUCGUACUUGGGAUAGACACUCUAGAUCGUGAUCAGCUUUCGGGACAAUUCGUGCAAAACGUUGACGACCGUAUCCGUGGUUACCCGUUAUGGAACGACGGUCGGAAUCACUUGAUAUUUAACUUAUAUUCCGGAACGUGGCCGAACUACACAGAAGACCUCGGGUUCAACAUCGGACAAGCCAUGUUAGCGAAAGCAAGCCUCAAUACGGAACAUUUUAGACCUGGUUUUGACAUAUCUAUUCCACUGUUUUCCAAGGAUCACCCUCAAAAAGGUGGGGAGAGGGGUUGGUUAGUGCGAAAUACUGUACCGCCGAGACGAAAAUACCUGUUGAUGUUUAAAGGGAAGCGGUAUUUGACGGGAAUAGGAUCGGACACAAGGAACGCACUCCAUCACAUACACAACGGGAAAGACAUCGUUUCGCUGACGACCUGUAAACACGGGAAGGACUGGGAGAAGCAUAAAGACGCUCGCUGUGACCAUGACAACCUGGAGUAUGAGAGGUUUGAUUAUCAGGAGCUGCUCCAUAACUCCACCUUCUGUCUGGUGCCGCGCGGCCGUCGUCUGGGCUCCUUCCGCUUCUUAGAGUCUCUGCAGGCGGCGUGUGUCCCUGUGUUGCUAAGUAACGGUUGGGAGCUGCCCUUCUCUGAUGUGAUCCAGUGGAACCAGGCCGUGCUGGAGGGAGACGAGAGGCUCCUGCUGCAGGUGCCGUCCACCGUGCGCGCUGUGGGGAACGAGAGGAUCUUGGCCCUGAGACAGAGGACGCAGAUGUUGUGGGAGGCCUAUUUCUCUUCUGUUGAUAAGAUAGUCCUAACUACACUCGAGAUCAUCAAGGACCGCGUUUUCUCUCACGUCUCGAGGAACAAAUAUAUGUGGAACUCUUUACCCGGAGGUCUGUUUGUCCUGCCCGAAUAUUCAACUCACCUGGCUCACUUCCCCUUCUACUACCUGGGCCUGGGAGUGAGCCCGGGUCAGGAGUUCACUGCAGUGAUCCACGCUGUCUCUCCUCUGGUUUCUCAGUCUCAGCCAAUCAUGAAGCUGCUGCAGGUCGUCUCCAAGUCCAAGUACUGCUCCCAGAUCAUCAUUUUGUGGAACAGUGAGAAGCCUCCUCCCAGUCGCAGUAAAUGGCCCCCAAUGCCAGUGCCCCUCACAGUGACAGACGGACGCAGGAAGACCACUAGUCGCUUCCUUCCUCACGUUUCCAUAGAGACGGAGGCGGUGCUUAGCCUGGACGAGGACACAGUGCUGCUGACCAGUGAGGUGAACUUUGCUUUCCUGGUUUGGAGGAGUUUCCCAGAGAGGAUUGUGGGAUAUCCCCCUCGGAGUCACUUCUGGGACCCAGUGAAAAGGGUUUGGGGCUACACCUCCAAAUGGACCAAUGACUAUUCCAUCGUCCUCACAGGAGCCGCCUUCUACCAUCGAUAUUACCAUUUCCUGUUCUCUCACUACCUGCCCCAGUCGCUGCGCACCCUGGUGGACAGAACAGCGAACUGCGAGGACAUCCUGAUGAACUUCCUGGUGUCUGCUGUCACUCACCUGCCUCCGAUCAAAGUGGCCCAAAGAAAACAAUAUAAGGAGCUGCCCAUUCCUCAGGGCACCAAAAGUGUCCCGUGGGCCAACCCUGAACACUUUAACCAGCGUCAGGAGUGUGUGAACUCAUUUGCCAGCUGGUUUGGCUACAUGCCGCUGGUCCACUCUCAGUUUCGUCUGGACCCAGUGCUUUUCAAAGACCAAGUAUCUGUCCUCCGAAAGAAAUACAAAGAUCUGGAGAAGGCGUGAAAACUCGAGAACAGCGCCCCCUAUAGUUUAGAGGCCUUCUGUUGCCCUGAUUUUGACAGUGAACUGCGUUGUGUUGUGCAGGAGACAGACCCUGGCGGACUGUUCUGAACUAAAGCAUACCACGAAGCUUUGAAUGAUUCUUCGAACUCCACAAAGAGAACAGUGGAUAUUUUGGGACCCUUAAAUUGGGUGUUUGAUUGUGAAAAGGUGCAUUUCUAUUGAGCAAGAGGAAAAUGGGAAACUCUAAAAUGAAAGCUACUGCAGUGACAAUACCAGGGGUGUUUUGUGACUGUAACCAUGGAAAC